AGUCCGUACACGUCAUUGUAACUUUGUUGUUUUUAUAAUAUAUAAUUACUUUAGUUUAACUUAGUGUCUUAUACAAGUGACUCGAUAAUAAUAAAAUUAAAAAAACGAAUGGCCUAUUUUAAAUUAUGAAAAUAUCCAAUAUCGGAUAAAUUUCUCGCGUUUCAGUUGUUAUGAGUGAAUUUUAUUUGUGAGAAUACCUAAAAAAUUAAUAACAUUAAUAGGUACUUAAAAUGGGUAGUACAGCGAGUACUCCAAUUCCUGGCGGAGGAACAGAAGGAUAUCAUGUUCUAAAAGUUCAGGAAAAUUCACCUGGUCAAUCUGCUGGCUUAGAAGCGUUUUUUGAUUUCAUUUUGGCUAUAGAUAAUAUCAGACUUGAUAAAGAUAAUGAUGUAUUGAAAGAAAUGCUAAAAAAUGGAGACGGUAAAGAAAUUACUCUAGCUGUUUAUAGCAGCAAAACUCAAACAGUUAGAGAAAUUAAAAUUAUCCCAAAUAGUAGCUGGGGUGGUCAAGGAUUACUAGGAGUUAGUAUAAGGUUUUGUUCUUUUGCUGGUGCUAACGAAAAUGUUUGGCAUAUUUUGGACGUUCAUCCAAGUUCCCCAGCUGAUAAGGCUGGUCUGAAACCACAUACCGAUUACAUAAUUGGUUCUGAUUCAAUUAUGCAUGAGAGUGAAGAUUUAUUUAUGUUGAUAGAAGCUCAUGAGGGUAGACCAUUAAAAUUAUAUGUUUAUAACGUUGAAUUAGAUACAUGUAGAGAAGUUUCAAUUACACCCGAUUCUAAUUGGCCUGGUGAUGGAAGUUUGGGUUGUGGAAUUGGAUAUGGCUAUCUGCAUAGGAUUCCUAUACGAACAUUGCCACAAAAUAAGGAUAUUCCUGCACCUCCUGUUAUAAAACCUGCGGUUAUCAAUAAUGUUAUGGCAUCUGCCGCACAAGUACCUCAAACACUAAGUCCACCUGUUUUAACCCCUCAAUCAUUGAAUAUUAGCCAUGAAGUUUCUUCAGAGCCUGCAACAGAAAUAUCUUCUCAGGAACAACCGACAUUGGGAGAAAACAAUCAAUGCACAACAAUACCUUCAACUUUAAACAAUAUUGAUUCCCUAGGACCAACUUCUUUACCUGUUCAACAAGCAACUUAUUCUAGCCCAGUUUCUGUACCAUCUACUCAAGCACCAGUAUUUCAAAACACCUCUCCACUAAAUAAUCAAACUUCAACAUCUCAACACCAAUUUCAGCAUCAAUUACCUACAUUGCCUCAAUACUCAUCAGAAAACUCGACCGUUACUACUACAUCUCAAAAUCCAGUUAUGUCAGCAAUUCCUUCCGCAAAAGAACCAUUUAACCAAAUGCCAGUGGAACAUAUUAGUCCACAAAAUAAUUAUGCACAACCCUUUCCAGCCAGUCUAAAUAGUAACUCAACUUCUAUUAGUGGAACACAACAAAACACUAAAGAAAUAAGUAAUUAUUUCACUCAAUAUCCACAAACACCACAAAGUAACCCAACUAAUUAUUCAGACACUAUACCAAUGUUUUCAGUGAAGAAUUUUCCACAAAUGUCACCUUUAGCCCAGCCACUCGGAAAUAACUAUCCAGAAAUGUCCGUACCUCAAUCACAGCAACAAUCAAUUGGUGCUUAUCCAGGAAUGCCACUGACUACACCAAUAUCAUUACCAGGUAUGCCUCCCAUUACUGUUAGUGCUACAUUGCCGUAUUCUGCACUUGAAAGCCUCCAGAUUGAUCAAAAGAAAAAUAUUUCCAACAGUAAUGGUUAAAUAUUUAUUAUAAAACUUAAAAAAAAAAUUAUAUUCAAAUUAUUUUUAUUCUAAAUAAGUUAAAUGUUUAUUAAAAAU